AAGUACUGUAAGUGGUUUUUGUUUCACAGUCUAGACUCCAUCUUAAAAUGUACCAAGAAAAUUAUAUGACUUUACAGGGGAAGUCAAAAAAGAAAAAGAAAACAAAAGAAAAACAUUUAAAUUAAAGAUGAAAAGAAAAAAUCAAAGGGGACAGCCGUCAGCUCGCAGACUACCUCCGGGACGCUUCCCGUCCGUAACAUAGAUUCACCAUGAUUCUUCAGAGGCUCUUCAGGUUCUCCUCUGUCAUUCCAUCUGCAGUCUCAGUCCAUUUUCUGAGAAACAUUGGUGUGACAGCAGUGGCAUUUAAUAAGGAACUUGAUCCUUUACAAAAACUCUUCGUGGACAAGAUUAGAGAAUACAGAUCUAAGCAACAGACAUCUGGGGCCCCUGUUGAUGCUGGCCCAGAGUAUCAGCAAGACCUGGAUAGGGAGCUUUUUAAGCUUAAGCAAAUGUAUGGUAAAGCAGACAUGAAUACUUUCCCUGCCUUCAAAUUUGAAGAUCCCAAAUUUGAAGCCAUCAAGAAACCCCAGGCCUGAAGAAAUAAAGUAAAAUCAAUUUGGCAGUUUGCCUGGAUUAGUUGUACAACUGAUCAGAAGUUUCAAAACAGACAUACAUUUUACGGCUCUCAAGUGUUCUUUUAAUUCUGAUUCCAAAUAAAUUAUUGGGGGGUAUUG